AUGCCACCAGCAACGCCAGUCGACGGGAACCGCGUAAAUCAUGGGUGGGUGAACCUGUUGAUCGAGUCGGUGGACGUGCCCUUGGAUGGGGACGGUUCGCUGCUCUUCUCCACUGUACAGUCGCUGAUCCCCGGAGCACAUGGGCUGUACUUCAGGGAUAAUGGGCAGAGGAGGGCGCUCAACCUCGACGCCAGCUCCGGAAAAGUCCUCUCUCCGCUCGACGGUUGGGGCCGACAAGACGUUUACGUACACUUGGCACAUGGUCACCGCCAUGGCGUCAACUGUGGAACCCAGGGCGAGUACACCAAGGCUUCAGAGAUCUUUGAGCGCAAUUUGACGGCUGUACAAAAGUUGAUCGCCCAGACCGGCCUCGGCCUGCUCAGAAAACCGAAACCGGAUGCCGAAAAGACCGAUAAAACCAGCCCAAAGCGCGUGAAGCCCAAGCCCGGGUUCGAGGCGCAACCGGAGGAGACCCAUGUUUCUGAUGAGAGUGAGCAUGAUGUACAUAGACUCCUGGCCAAGAAAAAAAAGGAGCUCGAGCUGGCGGCGGCGGAGAAGGAAAAGCUAGCAGAGAGACUUCAACAAGCUGAGGAUGAGCUCCAGAUCGCGAAGAAGGAAAACGAACAACUAAAGAACUCGCUGCACGAAGCCACUUCUCAAGGGGCACCGGAAAUUACCAUCAGCCCAACCGGCUCCAGCUCGUCGGUGGACAAGAAGCGCAAGGGCAAGAAGGGCAAGGUAUCCGACGACCAGAACCAAACCGCCCUCCAGCAAAUUCAGCAAGAACUAGAGGCCGAAAGGCACCGUAGUCAAGAUUUGGAGUCGCAGCUCGCCUCUUCUUCCACAGCCCAGAACCAGGCGCAAUCGAUGAUCGUGAAGCUCCAGUCCGAGUUAGACGCCGCUCAGAAAAAAUGUGCCGAUUGGGAGGCCCAGGCGGAAAGUCUACAAACGGAGCUCUGGUCCGAGCGCGAGCAGCAUGACUAUAAAAUCCAAGAGCUUAUCGAGAAGGAGGAGGAGAUGAACAACCUCCAUAACCUCAUAGCCGAUUUACGUCGUAAAUUGGCGCAAGUGGAAAAGGAGUGUAGCGAGGUGCACUCGCACUUGGCGACCGCAUUCGAAAAGAUAUCUCUGCUCGAAAAACGAGGCCCGAAGGCAGAGGAGUACGAAAAAUUCGCGCUGGCCAACGAGAGGGUCGGUGAGCUCGACCAGACAAUCACCAAGCUGCAGCUCGAGCUGACUGAUGCCAAGGAGAGGCUGGGUCAACAAGUCGGAAAGGACGAUCUGAUCGGCCGGCUCUACGAUGAGAAGGACAAGCUGCAGUGGAAGAUCGGCGAGCUGACGCAGUGGUGGAAUGACUCGAAGUGGAAGAUCGGUGAGCUCGAACAGUCGCUCGAAAAGCAGAAGGAGGAGCUGAAGGUCGCCCAGAACAACUUUACGCAGAUCAUGGAAGAGAGUCGCAACGUAACGCCAAGCGGAAUUAAUGAAGCUAUAGUACAACCGAAUACCAAGGCGGCUUUCUCAGUGAAUCGUCACCCAAAUAGUGAUCGUUGGCAGUUGCAGUCUUAUAUUAGUGAACAGCAACAAUGCUACGGCCAACCUGCUCCUCCUCCAGCUCCUGCUCACCCCCAGUUCUCCUACCCAGCUUACCCGGUGCCGAUGCCUAUGCCCUAUUUCUACCCCCCUUACGGAUACCCUGCAUUCCCAGCCCCACCCCAGCUGAAUGACACCAAGAAAGUGCUGUUCGAGAUCGAGGCCCCGGAGGCGAAGACCGUUUUCUUGGCGGGUUCAUUCUUGAACUGGGAAGUUGCCCUCCUGUGUCGACCCCUCGGAACUGGACGUCAUGGUGUAUCGGUGGACGUGCCGAGGGGACAGUAUGACUUCAAAUUCCUUGUCGACGGUGAAUGGCGAGCCUCUCAAUGCUACCACAUCUCCAACAACGAAUAUGGCUCCCUUAACAAUAGCCGAACCGUCGAA